AAUCUAUCUGCAGUACUACUAAAUCGACCAUAGGCAUAAUGCCACUUGAUUUUUCUCGAAUUAUUGAUAAUCUCUCUGUCAAUCAUAUUGUCAUUGCGCCUGCCCCAAUCACCACACAUGCUACUCCUCAAACCCACGCCAAUCCAUAUGCUUUGUUGGGCUCUCCCCACCCAUUUCCUUAUAACAUACCCUCCGCUUUCUUGGUGUGUACUCUUAUCCUAACCUGUGUGGUUUUUGCUGGGAUAAUGAUUACGACUGUCAUGUCCGUUCAUUCCCGACGCCUCAAGUCCAGUCGAAAGUAUUCGAGUUCAUCCCAGCAGCAGUCUGCUUCCAAACCUACAACAAGAGAUCAACAACGCCAUUUAUCUCAAUCUAGCCAGCUAACCGUUCAAGGUGUUAUUCACAAUGACAAUUAUUUUCCAUCAAAAAGUACAAACAUUCUACUGGAACGCCAAAACACUCUCACAAGAUACAACAGCACCAGCAAGUCCAGAAUUCCCCCCUGGCAAUUACCCCAGCAAAACUCCAUGGUCAUUGCUGUUGCAACCGAAAAUGAAACCUACAUUGCUCCAAAGAUGCCCUUGAGCAUUCCAACACGAAAGCACUCGAUCGGUUUAAAAUCCAAAUCUGCCUCUACUUUUGACUAUCCGCUAUCCAAUCUCUCCAUUUCAAAUUUAAAAUCACACAGUAGGAGUGAUCUAUCUUAUUCAUCACAGCGGAAUCUCAUUUCUGGUCGCAGCGAGCCCAGCAACCUCGAGCUACAACAGGCAUUGAAUGCCCAAAGACUAUUUAUUGAAAACUCGACAGGUCAGAAAUUAGACUAUUUUGAUCAAGGACAACCUGGUCAAUCUGCUAGGUCAUUGUAUUCAAAAGAGCAAGGCAGAGCUGCAAAAGAUGAAAUCAACUCCGUUUUGCCACGUUUAUCGUUCCAGGAAUCCUCCUACAAUUUUAUGCCAGAGCAAGAGUAUGCCGAUCCUCAAAGAAAUCGCAUCAAUAUUGCGCUUGCAAGCGCUUUGCGAACAACUCGCUUGUCUGUAUCCCAUUUACCCAAGACUGCCGACUCACAUAUGCGUGCAAAAGAACGUGAUAUUCUAGACUCCUACUGGAGUUCAUAAGGUUAAAUAAACUCUUGUUUUUCCUUU